CUAGUCUGUUGGCAACGUUCAGUGGUUGCCAGGUAAUGAACAGAAACAAUGGGGGAAAAAAAAACUUUGGUUGAUGCAAGGAGCGAUAAAAUAACGACAACUUAGAAAUUAUAUAGCUUUUCAAGUGAAAACGUCGUCCAUAAGAUAUACCGAGUUAUGAGUGUGAAUUAUUGGUGUUGCAUUUGAUUUCAGUGUGUGGAGAAACCUGCGUUACUUUUAAAGAACACUUCUCAACUUGAUCGUCUUUCGAAACCUGUAAACAUGACAGGCUUACGCAUGUAAAACACCAUUAUUGUAGGAAGAUGAUGUCAGUUUGGACUUCUUUGUGCUUUCUGAAGAAUAUGAGAACAGUAUAAGUAACCAGAACAAGCCAUGGAGGAGAUUCCAGUGAAGGUGGCCGUUCGAAUUAGGCCUUUACUCCCAAAAGAGAUCCUCCACAACCACCAGGUUUGUGUGCGUGUUGUACCCAACACCCAGCAGAUCAUCAUCGGAAAGGACCGGGCCUUCACCUUUGAUUUCGUAUUUGGUCAGAGGUCUCUACAGGAUGAGGUUUACACGACAUGCAUCAAACCCCUGGUUUUGUCUCUCAUUGAAGGAUAUAAUGUCACAGUGUUUGCUUACGGGCAAACUGGAUCAGGAAAAACAUACACGAUUGGUGGGGGACAUAUUGUUGCCACCUCAGAUGAAGAGAAUGGGAUCAUUCCUCGUGCUAUUCAGGAAAUCUUUCACAAUAUCGCAGAGAAGCAUAACACAGACUUCACUGUCAAAGUUUCUUAUAUAGAGGUCUAUAAGGAGGAGCUAAGGGACUUACUGGAGCUGGAAACAUCCUCCAAAGACAUGCAUAUCAGAGAGGAUGAGAAAGGAAACACAGUGAUUGUUGGGGCCAAAGAGAGCUUGGUGGAGACAGCAGAAGAUGUGAUGAGCCUGCUGGAAGCUGGGACUGCAGCUCGUCAUACAGGAACCACCCAAAUGAACGAGCACUCUAGUCGCUCCCAUGCCAUUCUCACCAUCACUGUGAGUCAACAGGGACCCACGCGUGAGACAGCCCAGCAGAGCAGAGGGGAGGGGGAACCCGGUACUCACAACUCUGUCCAGCUCAUCUCAUCCAAAUUUCACUUUGUGGACCUUGCUGGAUCUGAGAGAGUCACCAAGACGGGCAAUACUGGUGAGCGCUUUAAAGAGUCAAUCCAGAUCAACAGUGGCCUUCUGGCAUUGGGAAAUGUCAUAAGUGCCUUGGGGGAUCCUAAAAGGAAGAGUCAGCACGUGCCCUACAGAGACGCAAAGAUCACCCGAAUCCUGAAGGACUCACUUGGAGGCAAUGCUAAGACAGUGAUGAUAACCUGCAUCAGCCCAUCCUCUUCAGAUCUGGAUGAGUCCCUGAACUCCCUCAAAUAUGCCAACAGGGCUCGGAACAUCAAGAACAAACCUAUUGUCAAUUACAACCCUGACUGGGACAGAAUGGAUGAAAUGGAGCUGGAGAUUAGGGCUCUGAGAGAAGCUCUGCAGAAUCAGCAUGCCAGCUUGAUGACCCGUGGCAGCCACAUCUCCCAGGAGCUGCCCGGAGGCCACGAAAGUAGCCGUAUCCGUGUCCUCGAGGAGCAGCUGGCCCAGCUUCAGGUGGAGAGCUACCACUAUCGAGCCUGCACGGAAGACGCGAUGCAGUUACUGCUGGAGCUCAGGGAGACAGCUGACCUGCCUGCCACUCAUGAGCGCAAGCUGAAGGAGUGGCUGGAGGGAGCUGAAGAGCUGCAGAGUGAAAAGUGCAACUCUGUGGAAGUGGAGUGCAGGGCCACCAGCACUGGAGAGGAACCCCAUCAUAUCACAAUACUCCAGCUGAAAAGAGAGCUGAAGAAAUGCCAGGAUGCUUUGGCAACAGAUGAAGACGUUUUUGUUAAGAAAGAGUCUGAACUGAAGAGACUGCAAGAUCAAAUCAACACACUUAUGCAGGAAAAUGAAGAGUAUCUAGCUGCUCUUGAGGAUGAACGAAAUAAAAGUCGAUUACAGAAUGAGAGAAUGGUGGAACAGCAGUUAUUGAUUGAUCGACUAAGAGAAGACCUACAGAGCUUUAAGUUGGACAAAUCAGAUGUUUCUGUGGAAAGAUCUGCUUCUUCUAGAAGACCUUUUAGUGUCCCACUCACCAAUUACAAUCAGGCAGGAUCCAGGGGGGAUGCUUCUCAAAGCCAACUCAGGCAGGACACCAGGAAGGUUCACACAAGUCCUCCUGCAUAUUCUCUGGAAAGAGUGAUGGCAGCUUUCAGAACUCGUAGCCAGUUGCUGCUGGCACAGAUUGAGGAGCAAGAUGAGGUCCUUUGUUGUGAAUUUUCUGACGGCAGUGAGGAGGAGAAGAAUGCUAAAAAAGACAGAGAAAACGACAAGAAGCAGGCUUUCAGGCGCUCCAUGAAUCGCACCUGGACUCGGAAACAAACUCCAGUGGUGUCUGAUUCUAACGUUCACGAUGAAGAAAGCCUACAUACUCAGCCCUUUGCAGAGCACGGUGCUGCUGGUCUGCCAGAGCUCUUGGUGGAGGAAGAGCGGGUUAGGUGCAGCCAGACUCUGAACCUACAGAAGCUAAAGGAGGCUGAGCUUAGGCUUACGCAGGCCAAGCAGAAGACAAAGGAACUGGCAAUUAAUAUCCGAAUGAAAGAAGAGCUUAUCAAAGAACUGGUUAAAACGGGUAAGGAUGCCCAAGCAGUAAACAGGCACUAUUCCAUGAAGAUUGUACAAGUGGAGCAAGAAGCUGAACAGGCCAAGAGGGAGCUGAAGGAGACCCAGCAGCAGCUGCAGGAGCUGGAGGCCAGGGAGGGGCAGGAUGGCACAGAGACAGCCCAGCUCCAGAGGGAUGUCAGCAAGAAGGUGGACACAGCAAAGAUCAAAGUACAGGUACUACAAAAGAAGCAGCAAGACACAAAGAAGCUGGCAUCUCUCUCGGCUCAGAGUGAAAAACGUCUGGCCGAGCUGGAGCAGAAUGUGGAACACAUGAGAAGACAGCAGACACUGCUGCAGAAAAAACUAAGGGAGGAGACAGACAAGAAGAGAAAACUGGAGGCUGAGAUCAUCAGGGAUCAGCAGCAUAUUAAAGAACUGCAGUUAAAAACUGAACAACAAAAGAGAAUACUGAAGGUAAAGACAGAGGAAGUAGCUGCCUUUAAAAGGACAAAGCACAUCAGCACUCCUGAAGAUGAGCAGAGAUUAGAAGCACAGCGGAAAUGGCUUGAUGAGGAGGUGGAGAAGGUUCUGCAACAGAGGCAGGCUCUAACUGAGUUGGAAGAAGAGCUGAAGAAGAGAGAGGAGAUUAUUGCCAAGAAGGAGGCUUUCUCACAAGAGAAGAGCCAAUUAGAGAUAAAGAAACUGAGAUCCAGUCAGGCUGUAAGCAAAAAUAUCUUAAAGCUGUCAGCUCAGCUAAGCGCAGUGGACAGGAAGCUGUCAGAGAAGACUAGCCAGCUCCAGAGCAGCAGUGCCGAAAGCAAGAGGAGGAUUUUCCGAGAGGUGGAGGAACUCCAGCAGGAGAGAAACCAGCUGCUGAAGAGAAGAGACAGCCUGGAUGAGAAACUGAAGAAUGGCAGUGUUUUAACAGUAGAGGAGGAACGUCUCCUUUUCCAGUUAGAAGAAUGGGUAGAGGCUCUGGAUGCUGCAAUAGAGUAUAAAAAUGACACCAUUGAUAGCAGACAGCAAUCACUCAGGACUUCCACUGAACCACUGAUUAGCAGCAAAGAAGGAGUCAUGGAUAAACUGAGCACUCUUUCCUUCAUUGAGAUCAAGAUUUUACUAUUCAAGUACUUCAACAAGGUGGUGGGUCUCCGUGAGUCAGAGCGGAAGCUACAGCUGCAGUGUGAGGAGAUGAGAAUGCACCUUGAAGAGGAGGAAGGCGUAGUGCGCAAUCUGGAGUCAGCUGUGGAGCGGCUCACGCUGGAGAUGGAUAGACGGCUCACCCUUCAGCAAAGAGAGCACGAGCACAAGAUGCAGUUACUACUGCAGGAGUUCAGAGAAGGUAGAGGGGAGUGUUUUGUUGAAAAUAUUAAAACCUACGAAGCUAAAAUCCAGCAGCUGGAGAAGGACCUUUUUUUCUACAAGAAGACGAGCCGAGACCUGAAAAAGAAGCUGAAAGAGUUGGUAGCAGAUUCCCUUAACCAGCAGCCUGCUUUUAGAAAAGGUAAUGCAGAUGGCCAAGACAAAUGUCUUGUGCCAGAAGAUUACAAAUGGACUUCCGUGUCUGAGAGCAGCAGAGAAAAUAGGAGCUCAAAAGGGUGCAGUGAUAGUCCUGUAACUAGUGGCCGGUCACAGAAGAUCAGUGGAUGUUGGGAUGAGUUAGAACAAAUAGCCAAUGCUCCUUCCGUAUUUCAGAGCAGGCAACGAGUAACGAAUAAUGAGGAACCAUCAGUAGGCUAUGAUGUCCCAAAUUCAGCAGCCCCACAGACAAGCAAAAGUGGGAUUCAGUUUCCUGAGUUAACUCCUGUGAAAGUGUCAAGAAGAGAGUUGAGGCAGAUUUCUGCAUCUGACCUGCCUGUUAGACGCUUCAGUCUUGGAGUAAGUGCCACUUCCAUCCAAGAAGACUCUAUAGAAGCAUUCCAAAGCAAGGAAGACUUUUAAGUCAUGACACAGUCUGUAGCACGUUGGAGGUUCAAACAUCUUAAUCAUAUUUAUGCAGUUUCAUAUUCCAGAUAAGAGAGGCACCCGCAUUACAAAAGCUGAAGAUUAUAAGCACUUUGGGACCUGGGUGUUAGUAUAAGGUAUUAAUAGUUUCUUAUAUAAGUAUAACUACAAAAUAGUCUGAGUUUUCACCUUUAGAAUUAAUCGCACUAAGUGUAUUGAACAUAAUUUAAUGGUCUGUAUACAGUAUGUGACAGCUAAACAUGGCACUGGGACUAAGUCUUUAAAGAGACAUAAAAGGACCAUUAAGGUAGUAACUUCAAAGGUAAAGCAGUGUAUUGCCAGUCUAGAACUGUUAUUUGUUUAAAGGCACUAGAUGUUUUUUUUAACAAUCAUGUAUGUAGUUUUGUCAAGUUGUUGGAUUUUGUGUCUUUGUUUGCUUGUACUCUUCAUUUGCCAUUUGUGUUUUUCAAAUAUUUAGCAAGUUCCAGGAUUUUUCCAUCAUCAAUCAUCCACUUCUCUUAUGGCUUGGAAGACAAAUAUAAUUUUUUAAGUAUUUAAGAAUGUUCCCUUUAUAUUGCUUAUUGUGUUCAUGUGUAAUGUUGUGAAUUGACUCAUUUAUAUGUCUUGUACUUAUUCUUUUAGUACUUUACUGAUAUUAAAUUUGGUAAUGUACUAUAUUGUUUAGAAAUAAGAUGUUUUAACCUUUCAGAUACAAUUUCUUACAUGAUUUAAAAAUUAUUAUUUUUUAUGUAAAUAAAAUGUUUUUGAAGAGAGUAAUAUAUUGCUUUUAUGCUAGGAAUUUACACUUUAAAACAUAAGCUACUACAGUGGGCAUAACAUGAACUUUUUAUUUCAAUGUUUUUGGAUAGGUAUGUAAAGGGAUGUACAAGUUGAAUAAGCAGAAUGCCUAGAUAAAUGUGCUUUUCUCUGUGAAUGCAGAAUCCUUGUGUAUGUUCACAUGAAUAAUUGGACAUUGCUGAUAUGCUGUUCGAAAACCAGGAAUGUAAAGAUGAAUGCUGAAGCUUCUAGUAUUUUUUUGCAAAUAUCCUUUCUUAAUCCAUUGCAACAUAUUUUGCACACUUUCAUUUAGGGUUCCUUUGUGUCUUGUAUUAGGUCAGGUUAUACAGUGCCCUCCAAAGUAUUUGGACAAAAACCUCUAAUUUCCCUGUUGUAUAUUACAUUUAAUUGAGCAUUAAACAAAUUAUUCUGUGUC